GAUGAGAAGGAGGAGGAGGAUAAGAGCGAAGGAGGAGGAACACUCUCCCCUGCAUACCUCCAUCACUCGCUGGCUUUUCUUCAUCAUCGCCAUCAUCGUCAUGGGGCACCAUCAUGGCAGCUGCGUGUUCCCGCCGUGAGCUGACUUCAACCCUUCCUCUCUCCUCAUCAUCCUCCCGACGUCACCGGUGACCUCUGACCUCGGCCCGCUGCCAGCAUGGGGUGUCGGCUCACUCGCAACAAGGCUCGCCAGCCUUCCCGUCACAGGCACCGGGACGAGCAACGCUUCGUCGACCAAUACGGCCAGCCAAUCAGCAUGCAGGUGGAAGGCAGGAGGGGACGAGGCCACAGGAGGCGGCGUGUGGAGCACAGCAGGACCCCCUCAGAGAGACACUGGGAGGCGCUGAGAGCCAUGGGACUGAUGGAGCCGGAGGAGGGCCGAGCAGGGGGCUACAACGACGGACACUUUUAUGACAACAUGGCGUCCAACGUGUAUGCCGCCAACACCGUGAUGAUGUCACCUGACACCUACCCCACCAGCCAACACCAUCAUGGUUCCAACUACCUGCCCAGUGUCUCAUAUAGUUUGGACCACCUGGACCGUCUGGACUGCCAGGCUCCUGAAAUGUCGGCGUAUCAGCCCAACUCAGAGAGCUGUCUGCUUGGCUGCUACAACUCUGAGCAAAUGGAGCACAAGAAUUUCUCCAAGCAGUCUGACUACCGCCCUCCCUGGCGUCCUCUGGGAUACCUACCCCUCAGCGAGUUGGACAGCGGCCUGGGAUGCGGCCCAGAUAGCCCUCAUCAACGGGUGGCGCUCUCCGAAGCUGAGACGGAUGCCAUGUCGUCGCUACCCGGCCACACCCCUUCCUCGCAAGGCUCUUCCUCCUCUUCCGAGUCGCUUAUCUCCUCAGAACCCAGCGACUCUGGCUUCCACAGCGUCAGCACCGGAGAGCACAGGUGUUUCCACAAGAUCCACAGACACGCACACCAAUUGCGCUCAGGCCACUCCCCCCGGGAGCAGAGGGGACGCUGGGAUUUGGAGUCCAUCCCUGAGACCACUCCCAUGAGCCACGUGGGGGGUGCGCCGCAGUCAUCCCACUGCACGGUGGGAAACAGCACUACCACCACGGUGCACUUCCACCGAGCUGAGAGGAGUCCGACUUUGCCUCGCAACCGCUCGCCACCCUCUCCCUCUGCUGGUUGCCGUACAGAGCCCUGCCAGCGCAGGGCACUAUGGCUGGAGCAGCGUCAGGGACGAGGGGGCGGUACCAUCGAGGCGCCAGGAAGAAGUCGAACAGUAACGGAUCUAACCGAGGCCCAGCAGCGCCGCAGGGCAAGCCACCCUGUGGACAUGGAAACAGACACCGUGAGGAAGCAGGUCCACAGCAGCCAACCACGUCCAUCCAGCAACACACUGGGUCCCAGGAGCCGGGCCAGUUAUCCUACCAAUUGUCCGCCUUCUGCUCACCUCAACAUAGAUAGAACCAGCCUGACAGGUCACCAGAACACAACCAGAACCUGCCAGAGCAUGGGCCGCAGAAGGGAGGAAGACUUGAGAAGACAUGGGAUGCUUCCUAGCACUCCGACAGACUGGCGCGGUUUUCAGACUCUGGGGAAUAGAACCAGCAUCCAAAAAGAUUCUGCUGGUCCUUAUUACAGCACACUGGGGGUGCACAUGAGCCCCCGGUCUCCGCCCUCCCCCCGCUCCCGACAGUCUAAUCAGAAGUCAGUCAGGAACCAGCUACUCCGGGCCCGAGCAUACCGGCUGGCCCGGGAGCGCAGCGAGGUCACUACGGACGAAGAGAUGCGGGGCGAUAUGGAGAGACCGGGGGACAACGAAGGGGAGGAUGGGCCGUGGGCCGGCAGGUACUGGAACCGGACUGAAAGGAGACGUCACCUUGCAUUGUCGCGGCAACACCGAGAGCGCCGUGGGGGUGAGGACGCGGCGAGUGGAGGUCAGGGGUCGCUGUCUUCCCAAAUGGUUCUGGAGCUCAGCCACAGGAAGCAGAACCGGCUGAGGAACAGCAAGCUGCUCGAUGAUUGGACCACGGUCGAGGAGCUCCUGACUCACGGGACCAGAGUGGAGGCCGACACUCAGCUGUGUCCCAGCCCUCUACUCUCAGUUACUACGGUCUGAGGGGGCUGUGGUUACUGCUGCUCAGGUGAGCCAACAGUGAGCUCUGCAGUCAACUUCAAUACCGAAAGGUCGUUAUUCCAGGAGUGGUCCAACUAGGCUUUUUUCAUUUGUUUUUGGCACCAAAUCAACAGAAGUUGGAGAAUCAAGCAAUACCUUCCAAGGACCAUUCAUGUUCUUUAAGGCCCUGUCGACACGGGAACGUGACUGAGAUUUUUUUUUUGGCGGGUUGAAAAAAAAGUCCUGUCCAUACUGUGCCGGAUUAGUAAAUUGUUGCGUCCAGAACGAAUCACUGAGUGAAAAUGAUGUAAUACACAAGCACGCGGGCGGAACCACGGGACACACCAAACCACAGAAGAAGAAAGAACGCAUGCGCUUAAAGUCUGUCAUCUUUCAAGACUUACUGCGAGUCUAAGACAACACAAUCUGACGAGAAUGUCGACUGGGGUGAUGCUUAAAUAUAUUCAGAUAUUAUGUUGGUUUGUCACCAAAGCUCACUUCUGCUCACGUGACGGCACCGAGGCGGCGGUGAGUCGGUGACAUCAUCGUUUUCGUAUUGCCUGUAUACGCAGCAACGACAAGUCGGCUUUCUCAGAUUUUCCCUCUCUGGAAGCCAUUUAAAAAAAAAACGUUCCAGGUCACCCAGAAUGGCGUUCCCCUGUGGAUGGAAGCCUGAAACGAUAAAAUACUUUGCUGUUUUGACCUGAAGACGUUUCCGUGUGGAUAGGGCUUAAGAAGCUGCAGAACCAAAAUUAGAUGCUCAAGGAGGUUGCUGACGUCUGGGAGGUGCUUAGCACUGAUGAGUCUGCAAUAUUGGGAGGUUCACUUUGACCUCAGGUUUCUGAACAUGAAAUACCCAACUGAGGUUCUGUUCCCGUCAGAGUGCGAAGAACAUUACAGCACUUCUAAGCUCCUCUGAGGGGAGAACCUGCAAUACCUAAAAAUGUCUAAGUGGAGCUGUGGAGACCAGACCACCUGAACAUUGAUGUGAGCAGAGUGAAACAUCUCUGCAGAAUUGUGAAGCUCAGACCUCGUCAAAACCAUGCCAGACUGACACUGCAGCACCACCCGAGGACCAGAAGAACUUCAGCUUACUUUCAGGUCCACAACGGCCCACUUUCUUACAAAGAGUUCUGACCAACGAUCCAAUUUGAAACAUGCCAAGACCAGCAUUCCAGCACAAUACUGGAAUGCUGGGGAAUGGCUAGCGGCCUUUGUGGUAUUUAGUACAAAAUCAUAAACAAAUGAUUCUCUCUAACGCCUCAGUGGAAAAUACGAAUAAUAUUCCACACGUAAGUGUCGUAACAUGAUGGGUAGAACUCUCUGCAAGAACGUGUGUGGAGAUGUUUGUGCCAUUCUAUGUGCGUGUGUGCCACAGGAAGUCUUUUCCACUCAAGUCUUUGUAGAGUUUAGUCACCAAAGAUGUGUAACUUUUGUUUGUGGACAAUCUGGUAUAUUUGAUAAUUAUUUUUAUAUACACAGUACUGUGUUCCUCACUUUUCCACGCUAGGUGAUGUGUUUGUUGACGUUUGUGCUGACAGUGAGCAAUAAGCUGCACCGAGCAUGUGACCUCCCAACCAUCUCAUCGAGUUCACUGACAUUCCAACGUGUUGCUUCCUGUCCAAUCAGGAGGCGGCGUCUGUCUCAUUAGUUUAAUUGUUGGGGAGCACCUUCAACAACACUCAGGAAAGCUAACUUUGGAGUCAAGUCUCGCUGGUGAACAGCAAGCGUUUGCACUUCCUGGUUGCUGAAGAAGUCAUCAUGAAACAGGAAGCGAGGCGUCAUGUUACAGCCGGACAGGGAAGAAGUGAACAUGCCUGUCAGUGUCAUUACACAUUACGCAAUCCGUACCGGAAACGCAGUGGGUUCUACGCAUGUGCAGAACGCGUCUACAUCCGCUCGGCCUACUUACAUAAUCAAUCUUUUGUUUUUCCUUGUAUCCAUGGUGCAAGUGGAUAAAUUAUAAGUCCUUUUUCCUUGGUUCUAUAAAUGACUUAUUUUCCUCACAGAAAAAAUAGCCAGCAUUUGCUAGCAAGAUAUGUUUGGAUGGACGGCAUCUCCGUUUAGAAAAAAAAAAAAAAACUCUAGCUGAAUUAGAUUAAUCUAGAUUAAUCCAUCAUUGCACUCUGCUUAUGGAUGUUUAUAUUCAAAUAUCACUGUAUUUUAGGUGCUUUUAUUGUACUUUUCAUGUAUGUUAUACAUAACCGGAUAUGACAUUUAUGUGCAUGGCAUAGAUUUUUACGUAGCUCAAUCUUGGGUAAUAAAGACGACAGAAACGUCCGCAUGCUAACAAGGUCUAAAAUAACCCCCAACAUAUUACAUAUAUAAAGUAUGGUUAUAUACCAUUCAUGUUCAUAGGUUUUAAAGAAUAACUACCACAACACGUGACGUCGCAGAAGAGCUGUUGGAAAAAUUUGCAAAAGUAGUGAUGUGUGCCGCGCGCAUGCGCAGAACCGAUCGCGUUUCCGGUGUGGAUUGCGUAAUGACACCCAGUAAAGUGUGUGCAGCACAAUGACAUUUUUUUUCUUUUUUGUUUAAGCACACUUUUGCAACCGCCUACAUUUGUUAAUCUACUCAGCUACAGGAAGUACUAAAAUAAACACGUACGAAUCAAA